GAUGCUUGUUGGAGACAGAUGAUUGACACCGCCGCCAUUUUGCUCCAGCUCUGCUCCAUUGUGUGGAGAUAGUAAAUAUCUGACACUGACACACAACCACAACACACUAGUUUCGCUUCGAGAAAAAGACCCAAAUCACCCUCGUGAUCCUUUGUCGCCAUGGCUCGUACCAAGCAGACCGCCCGUAAGUCCACUGGAGGAAAGGCUCCCCGUAAGCAGCUCGCCACAAAGGCUGCAAGGAAGAGUGCACCCUCCACUGGUGGUGUGAAGAAGCCUCAUCGUUACAGGCCUGGUACUGUUGCUCUGAGAGAGAUUCGUCGGUACCAGAAGUCGACGGAGUUGCUGAUCCGUAAGCUGCCGUUCCAGCGCCUCGUCAGGGAGAUCGCUCAGGACUUCAAGACCGACCUGCGUUUCCAGAGCGCCGCCAUUGGAGCCCUGCAGGAGGCCAGUGAGGCGUACCUGGUGGGUCUCUUUGAGGACACUAACCUGUGUGCCAUCCAUGCCAAGCGUGUCACCAUCAUGCCCAAAGACAUCCAGCUGGCCCGUCGUAUCCGUGGAGAGCGCGCUUAGAUGCCCCUCCUCUGUUUUCUUUACCUCUCCUGCCCCCCUCGCUCCUGUAUUCUGCCCCUCCCUCACCCCUCACCCCAAAUCGCCUGGCUUCUCUGUAAACAUUAGAGUAAUCACGUUAAAGAGAUAGAUUCUUGUGAAAGUCUAGUCUCUGCUAGUUUUGUUGUCUUUACCAAAUGUUUUAGGAUACCUUCUUUGUGCAUGUUAAGAGUUUUUCAGAUCAGACUUACAUGUAAACAUGGUCACAUGUGUCUCUUAAUGGUCUAAAGGAGGCAGGCUGUUGUAGGUAAAAGACCAUGAAGAGAUAUUUGUGUGAGAAACAGCCCAGUCUGGGACGUGGCUAAGAGACUAGUCUGCUUAAGGGGAGCUACAACUUCCACAGCAGGGUGCUAAUAAAACUAGUCCCAAGGCCUCAGACCAGCUGAACCUUCCUCCCCUCUCCCCCUCACCCCGACUCCCCUGUCCUCACCUCCAGUCCCCCCUGUGACCUCUGACCUCUGGGGGAGCAGGAGGAGCUGGUUCACUGUUUCCACUCGUGAACAUGUGAGCUUUGAUUUGUCUAACUUCUUGUACUCAUCACACACGAAUCUCUUGGUUGCUCAAGACUUGAUUAUUGAUGUGGAUAUGGUGUUUAUGUUAUUAUUUUUUACACAUGAUUAAUGACAAACUUUUGUUUUCUUCUUAAACAGUAAUGAAUAAGUGCAAAAUUAUUGAGGAUGUCAAAAUUGCUUUUAGUUUGAUUUUUUUUUUUUUCCCCCAGAGUGACUAGCUUUCCAGUUUGAGGAAGCUUCGCAAUUUUCCAUUUGCAGCCACACAGGGGCGCUGUGUAACAUUUUUUCAGAUAAAACCCUCUCUGUCCAUGAGCUAUACUUUUGCCUGCUUCUCAUUGUUCAUCUGAGUAGUUAUGACGUUCAUAAUGACAGCACAUACUGCAUGUGGGUUUGUAUGUCCCUCCUACAUCUGUACAUCUGAGGAGAAAUAACCAGUCCAAUUUGUGAUACACAAAAUAACCUCAUUUAAUUUCUUCUAUAUUUUUACUUCCUCAGAAAUGUCAGACGUUUAAAAGCUGAUCUUUGUAUUUUCCAAAUUUCUCAUAUGAUGGUGGUAAUAAACAAAUAGAUGUUAAAAUAAA